CCGAGCCCGGCCGCCGUCGCCGUUGCCGCCGCCCCGGCCGAUCAAGGGACCUGCCCGCCCGCGGCUGCUCCGGACCUAGAGGAUCAAGUCAUAAUGGGAGCAUUUUUAGACAAGCCAAAGAUGGAAAAGCAUAAUGCCCAGGGGCAGGGGAAUGGGUUGCGAUACGGCCUAAGCAGCAUGCAAGGCUGGCGUGUUGAAAUGGAGGACGCACAUACAGCUGUGAUCGGCUUGCCAAGUGGACUUGAGACGUGGUCAUUCUUUGCUGUAUAUGAUGGACAUGCUGGUUCUCAGGUUGCCAAAUACUGCUGUGAGCAUCUGUUAGAUCACAUCACCAAUAACCAGAAUUUUAAAGGCUCUGCAGGAGCGCCAUCUGUGGAAAAUGUAAAGAAUGGAAUCAGAACAGGUUUUCUGGAGAUCUAUGAACACAUGAGAGUUAUGUCAGAGAAGAAACAUGGUGCAGAUAGAAGUGGAUCAACAGCGGUGGGGGUCUUAAUUUCUCCCCAGCACACCUAUUUCAUUAACUGUGGAGACUCGAGAGGUUUGCUUUGUAGGACCAGGAAAGUUCACUUCUUCACACAAGACCACAAACCAAGUAAUCCACUGGAAAAAGAACGAAUUCAGAAUGCAGGGGUACAUGUGAUGAUUCAGCGUGUUAACGGUUCUCUGGCUGUGUCAAGGGCCCUUGGGGAUUUUGAUUACAAAUGUGUCCAUGGAAAAGGUCGCACAGAGCAGCUUGUCUCACCAGAGCUGGAAGUCCAUGAUAUCGAAAGGUCUGAAGAGGAUGAUCAGUUCAUUAUUCUUGCAUGUGAUGGAAUCUGGGAUGUCAUGGGAAACGAAGAGCUCUGUGACUUUGUGAGAUCCAGACUUGAAGUCUCUGAUGACCUUGAGAAAGUUUGCAAUGAAGUAGUCGACACCUGUUUGUAUAAGGGAAGUCGAGACAACAUGAGUGUGAUUCUGAUCUGUUUUCCCAAUGCACCUAAAGUCUCAACAGAAGUCGUGAAGAAGGAGGCAGAGCUGGACAAGUACCUGGAAUGCAUAGUAGAAGAAAUCAUAAAGAAGCAGGGGGAAGGAGUCCCUGACUUAGUCCACAUGAUGCACACGCUAGCCAGCGAGAACAUCCCCAGCCUCCCACCGGGGGGUGAACUGGCAAGCAAGCGGAAUGUAAUUGAAGCCUUUUACAAUAGACUGAACCCUUACAAAAACGAUGACACUGACUCUGGAUCAACCGAUGACAUGUGGUGAAGCCGCUUAUGGCCAUGGUUCGCCUUCGCCGCCAGAGGAGAGCACAGCUCAACUUGGCCGAACCUUUGAACAGCCAUCAUCAACUUUAAGGAAGAAAGGGUACGACGUGGCUGAGGGACUACACCAGAGCUUGAGCAGUGGAACAGCUAGCCCAGAAUGGAUUUUUUUUUUAAUUGUAAAUUUGAGACUUAAUGUAAACGUGAUUUCAAACUGUAAUUCAUGUUGUAAAUCAGAC